AUGGCCAUUAGGAGCAGUGUUGUUGCAGGCUGUGUCCUUUCCUCCUCACCUCCGGAGCAGGCUUCGGUUGCCAUGGCAGCAUCUCUACCUGCAGCCAAGAGGCCAGCUCCUGAUGGCCCACCUCAGGAAGUUCACCUGGAACCCACCUCAUCUCAGAGUAUCAGGGUUACCUGGAAGGCUCCCAAGAAACAUUUACAAAAUGGGAUCAUACGUGGCUACCAGAUAGGCUACCGGGAGUACAGCACCGGGGGCAACUUCCAGUUCAACAUCAUCAGUAUCGACACCACCGGGGACAGCGAAGUGUACACCCUGGACAACCUGAAUAAGUUCACCCAGUAUGGCCUAGUAGUACAGGCCUGCAACCGGGCCGGCACGGGACCUUCUUCUCAGGAGAUAAUCACUACCACCCUGGAGGACGUACCCAGCUACCCUCCCGAAAAUGUCCAAGCCAUAGCAACCUCACCAGAAAGCAUAUCAAUCUCCUGGUCCACGCUGUCCAAGGAGGCCUUGAAUGGGAUUCUCCAGGGGUUCAGGGUCAUCUACUGGGCCAACCUCAUAGACGGAGAGCUGGGCGAGAUUAAGAACGUCACCACCACGCAGCCUUCCUUGGAGUUGGAUGGACUAGAGAAAUACACCAACUACAGUAUCCAGGUGCUGGCCUUCACCCGUGCAGGGGACGGCGUCCGGAGUGAGCAGAUCUUUACCCGUACCAAGGAGGAUGUUCCAGGUCCUCCUGCUGGUGUCAAGGCAGCAGCAGCCUCGGCCUCCAUGGUCUUUGUGUCCUGGCUGCCCCCACUCAAGCUGAAUGGCAUCAUUCGGAAGUACACGGUGUUCUGCUCCCACCCCUACCCCACAGUCAUCAGCGAAUUUGAAGCCUCCCCUGACUCAUUUUCCUACAGAAUUCCUAACCUGAGUCGGAAUCGACAGUAUAGCGUCUGGGUGGUGGCAGUGACUUCCGCCGGAAGAGGCAACAGCAGUGAGAUCAUCACCGUGGAGCCUCUGGCUAAAGGUACACAGGUCACGUGAGCCUCAGUGAACGUGCCUACGGCCACCCACAGCUCAGU